GCAGGUUUAAUCACUUGAAACUCUGCGGCUGUUUCUUCUUCUGUGGGACCGGGCCACCAGGAGUUGGUGCCAUUUGGCAACUUUAUUUAAUUAUUGUGCUAUUAAUAACAUUUGACCAAAAAUACCAGGGACACCGUUACUCCAGUUUUUAAGUUGGGUGGUAAAUAUGGAAAAUCCACAGUUAUUACAGUCACGUUUUAUGGACUGAAGGGUAGACUGGACAAAUCUUGACUAUUUCAAUCACAGAUUUUCUUAAAUUGGUUCUUCAAUUAACACUGCGCUAAAAUGGCAAUGAUGAAGGUGAAAUUUAACAUGAAGAAAAGGGUGAAGCUGGCCCAGGGCCUCUGGCUUAUGAACUGGUUCUGUGUAAUAACCGGUAUUAUCCUCUUUAGCAUGGGGAUCUUUCUUAAAAUCGAGCUGAGGAAAAGAAGCGAAGUGAUGGAUAAUGAGGAAAGUCAUUUUGUGCCCAAUUCCUUGAUAUUCAUGGGAGCUCUGGCCUGUGCCCUUAACGCGUUUGCAGGUAAAAUAUGCUACGAUUCUCUGGAUCCAGCAAAAUUUGCUAAGUGGAAACCCAUGCUGAAACCGUAUCUAAUAAUCUGUGUGUUCUACAACGUCUUCGUCUUCUUUAUCGCUGUUGUGUGUUUGGUGACACGGGGGUCACUGGAGAGCACCCUGGCCCACGGGUUGAAAAAUGGGAUGCGGUACUAUAAAGACACAGACACCCCUGGGAGAUGCUUCAUGAAGAAGACAAUUGAUUUGCUGCAGAUAGAGUUUAAAUGCUGUGGAAAUAAUGGCUACAGGGAUUGGUUCGAGAUUCAGUGGGUCAGCAACAGAUACUUGGACUUCAGCUCUAAAGAGGUUAAAGAGUGAGUAUAUUUACGGAAGGAACAAAGCAUUCUCUGUGUUUAGAUGCAGUCCAGAUUAUGUACACAUACUUACCACAUAACUACAGAUGAAAUAAUUUAAAUGUAUGUAUUUUAAUUAAUUAAGGCAGUGUAUUAGGACAGUAUAUUAACUUUACAAAUGUUUUAGUUGGGCACGUAUGUACUACAUGCAGAAAGGACAACGUGCACAUACUUAUUAUCAAGAUGGAGGCUUUGCUUUGUGUACGUAUGUAUUAACUUGAUGCAAGUAUGACCAGGUGCACUUAUAUGUUACUUGGAUACAAAGACGUACUAUGCAUACAUAUAGAGGUCUCAUCAUGCUCAAGUGGGUCAGUGGUAGCGAGUGGCUCCUCAGUGAGGUCCUACAAGGUCCGUAAAGUUGGGCUUGCAUUGAAGUUUAGUGUUAGGGGUACCCUAAAGCAUCAGGAGUUAGGAACCUUAAAGGGACAAUAUAGUCACCAAAACAACUUUAGCUUAAUGAAGCAGUUUUGGUGUGUAGAUAAUGUAUCUGAAGUCUCUGCUAAAUUAUCUGCCAUUCAGGAGUUAAAUCAUGUUUGUUUCUGUCUGUGCAAUACUAGGCACACCGCCCCCUGGGUGUGACUGACACAGCCUGCAUGAAAAAAAAUGGUUUCAUUUUCAAUCACAUGGUACUUAUGUUAAAAGUUUUUAUCACCUGCUCUGUAAUUUAAACUUUAAUUAGUUACAGGAGGCUCCUGCAGGGUCUAGCUAUGAACAGAGCAGGAGAUAAGAACUUCUACAUUAAACAGCAUUUUCAAUAAAGGAAGUGUAAACAUUAGAUACCUCUUUACAGGAAGUGUUUAGGAAGGCUGUUUAAAUCACACGGAGGGAGGUGCGACUAAGGCUGCAUAAACAAAGUGAUUUAACUCCUAAAUGGCAGAGAAUUGAGCAGUGAGACUGCAGGGACAUGAUUUAUUCACCAAAGCUGCUUCAUUAAGCAAAAGUUGUUUUGGUGAGUAUAGUGUCCCUUUAAUGGUAGGGUUAAAAUUAGUGUGGGAAUAAGGGACUAACCCCCUCCCGCUCACACAGAGCUUCAGGAGCUGAGUAGAAUGUAUUUAAACAUUGUGUGUGAUACUGUGUUUGUGCAUCUGUAUAUGUGUGUGAGUGACGUGCUGUAUUAGAAAAUUUGGCUAUGGGCAUAUGUAUUGAAAGAGAUGUGAGAGGACUUAUUGUGAGAAAUGUGGAAAUAUAUACUGCACAGGGAUAUGGCUCGAGGAGUUGUAGUGGAGGGGGAUUUGUGGCAUUGUAUUGGGGAGGGAUGUGGCUUGCAGAUUAAUUGGGGGAUUUUGGCUUUGCUUGGUGGAGAUGAAUUGGCUGAAUAGUGCUGGGGAUAUAAACAGAGGAGGGGGGAGAUUUGGUUGGUGGCUAUGAAUUAGUGCAAUAUUACUGAAGGAAAAUGGUUGAGGUAUAACUCGGUUGUGAAUUGGAGAAACAUUCAUGCCAUGGAGGGAAUAGGGCAAUGGAGAAAAUGAAUUGAUGGAAUUGUGUUGGGAAUGAAGGGAAUUCUAUGGUUCAGUGUCAGGGUAUACCCAUUGGGAAACAGAAAGGGGUAGGCAAUGAACAGAUGAGGCCGUGCAAGUGACAUAUUAGGUGAGGGAGAAGCAAAGGGAAGUUUGAUUUUAUGAUGCAAUGUAAUGGGAGUGGGAAAUGCAAUGCGUGGGUGGGCAUGGUAUCAGGAGUAGUUGGUUUGGUAGCCAAAGCUGGAGUCGCACUUCGCCCAUUGUUGCAGGCAGCACAAUGUGUUGUGCCUGCACUGUGUAUAUGUGUUACCCAGAGGAAAGAAGAACCAUUUACACAUUUUCAUCUAUGAUAAUGUACGCUGUUUUUCCUAAAUGACGAAUACACAUGACAAAGCAUUCAUGUGCAUUGCCCGGAAGUAGGCAUGCAAUGUCUGCACAUGUAUUAUUAUUACAGUAGCUUGUCCUUUAAUACAUACCCACUCAGGUCUCAAAAAAUUAUUUAGCUGACUUGUGUCAUUACAAAGAAAACCUAUUCUAUUUACAUAUCAGACUGAUCCCACCCAUAAGGGCAGUCCAGAACUGAAAUGCCAACAAGUUCCCUCUGCACAUGAGAUAAAGCAACCCCAGAUGUUUUUGGCCUUUUUUGGGACUCGUCAGUGAGAUGAGCAGAUACCUAUCUAGGCACAGUGAGCACGGGGUCCAUGUCUGGAUUACCCUUCUAGCUUAGGGAGAGUGCAAAGAAGGCCAAACGAUUGUCUGGGGUUGCUGUCUCUCUCGUGUAGAGAGAACUUGAUGGCAUUUUGGUUCUUGAUUGCCCUUAUGAGUGGGAUCAGUCCAAUAUGCAAAUAGAAUAGGUUCUCUUUGUAAUAGCACAAGUCAGCUAAAACAUUUUUGAGACCUGAGUGGGGAUUUAUUGAAGGGCAAGCUGCUGAGUUUUUUUUCUAAGCUUUUGCCUGUUCUCAGGGUUCUCAUAUUCUGUUUUUGUUGCAAUGUAUUAUUAGUAGUAGUAUUUAUAUAGCAUCAACCUAUUCUACAGUGCUUUACGAUCAGAAAAAGGAGUGAGGAAAUACUGACUUAAAUAAGCUUACAAUCCAUGUUAGGUUAGGAAUCUUGCCCAAGGAAACUGGUGAGGUCAUCUGACUGGGAUUUGAACCUGGGUUUCACAAUUCUAAAACAGUGAUAUUACCACUGCAUUAACAAGCCAAUACAUGUAUUACUUGGUUGCAGGUGUGACCAUGUGUUGGCAUGAAUAGGUUUGCACAUGUAUUAUCGAUCUGGACACAUGCGUGAUCAGGGAUACAUAUGUAUCAUCUCAGUAUACAUGUAAUACAUGGAAAUGGACAUGAACUGUAUUCCAUGCACGGUCAUAUUUACACACAUGUAUUAUUUGAAACGCAGCAUGAACAGGAGUAAACAUGUAUAAACAGAUGAAGGCAUGACAACAUUUAUAUUACUUGAAAGCAUGCAUGAGUCUUAGUAUUGGUAACGUGUGUGCAGUCAUAACCAUCUAUACCAGGGGUCCUCAAACUCUGGCCCCCCAGAUGCUGCUGAACUACAACGCCCAUGAUUCUCUGGCUAUCUAUGUAAUUCAAAAAAUCAUGGGAGUUGUAGUUCAGUAACAUCUGGGGGGGCGGAGUUUGAGGACCCCUGAUCUAUACUCAUGUGGAUACAAAUUUGACCAUGUAAACACAUGUAUGACCUUGGUGCAAUCAUGACAGCUAUAUUGUUACCAUUUAAACCAGUGGUAGUCAACCUUUUUCUACCAACCGCCCACUAAUGCAUCUUUCUUGAUGGAAAGAUUUCCUUACCGCCCACCAGUUUUCGCGCAGUUUUCGCGCAAGUGCAGAAUAUUUUUUAGAAAGGAGGGUGUUUUUAAAAAAAAAAUAAAUGUACGUACAUUUAUCUUUUUAUUUCUACUUAAUGCAUGUUUAUAAUGUUUUAAACUUUAUAAAGUUUAUUGAGAAAACAAAGUACAUUUUAAUUACCUUUACUAGUGAUUAAUGAGAUCCUUGAGGUUGAUGCUUCGAGACUAAAUAUUUGAUAUCUGAUUCGAUUUUCGCAAGGAACAAACGAAGGUCUCCUCUUUCGGUGAUAUUAAGACGACUUCUCUGUUUGCGCAUAAUAUGAUCUCAUCUGUGCGUCAGCUCCCCUCCUCUCCCUCCUCAAUUCCCAUCCCCACCUUUUUUUCCCCCUUUUUUCUAUUUUUUAACCUUACUUAUAGCAAUGCCCAGUAGGAAGGCUGAGCUAGGUAGCCCACUUACUAUUACUUACUAUAGCCCACUAUAACAGACAGACACACACACACACACACACACACACAAAGACACAUACAUACAGACAGGCACACACAUACAUACAGACACACAGACAGGCACACAUACAUACAUACAAACAGACAGGCACACAUACAGACACAGACAUACAUACAAACAGACAGGCACACACAUACACACAAACACACAGACAAGGAAAACACAUACAUAUAAACAGACAGGCACACAUACACACACAUAAGACAUACAUACAAAGACAAGACACACAUACAUACAAAGACACAUACAUAAGACACACACACAAGAGAUACAUACAAAGACACACACACAUACACACAAAGACAAGACACACAUACAAGACAUACAUACAAAGACACAUACAUAAGACACACAAGACAUACAUACAAAGACACAUACACACAAACACACAUUAUAUUUAAGUCACCCUCGUGUUUCCUACCUUUAAGGUGCAGGAGGGUGACUUUCCCUGGGGUCCUGUGGUGGCUCAGAUGGAUGGGAGUCAGAGUUCCCACUCUGACUCCCUCUGCUUCCUCCCGCGCUGUCUCUCAGUAAUAGCUGGGAGGAGUGACGUGCAGUCACUUCCUCCCAGCUCUGUGAUGUAAUCACAGGGGGCCCGGUCGCGCUGACAAUCCACAUCCAUCUGGUGGCCCUGACAGCAUGGGCCACCCGAUGGACCCCUUGGACGGCGGCCCCGACGGUUUGCCGCGCGGGCCGGGCCGCAAAUGGUGACGGCGGUACCCGGUCGCCAGGGUACCACCGGCUUGCACUCGCCCGCCCGCCCAAUCUCUCAAAAUGAGGAAAUCCCUACCGCCCACCUAGAAUCCUGAAACGCCCACUAGUGGGCGGUAGGGACCAGGUUGACGACCCAUGAUUUAAACAGUUAUAUAGUGAUAUAAGAUGACAAAAAGACUCAAGCUCAUCAUUUCUGUAUUACUGCUGUUGAUCCAAAAGAAGAUGACAACCUCAAAGUGAAGUAAUUUCCAAUUUUCCACAAAAUUGGGAAAAAAAAAAAACUUCUUGACACCAAACGGGCGAUCAGAUUUCUCCUUGAAUCAGCAAGACCCACAUAUUAACUAUUAUAUUCUUGAAUAUCCUGUUUUUCCAAAAAAAAAGCACCCAAAUAUUGUAGAGCUGGGUCUUGUCCACCAUAUGGAGAAGACACAUGGAGCUUUCAACUCCUCCAUUAAUGUCUGAACUCGCCCUCUAAGAACAGGAUUCAGCCUUUUAAUUUUAUUUUCUAUUUUCCUGCUUGGGAACACUCUGAGGAUUCAUUUAAAUUUUUUUGAGUGAGUAUGUCCAUGGAUCGAAGAUCUUCCUCCUGUGGGGUUCUUUCCGGUGAACUCUGACAGGAGAGGUGGAUGCUCUCUUUGUUCAGUCCAGGCCCCCCGGGACCGCUGGGCCCGUGACAACCGUCAUGAUUGUCACCCCCUGAUGGUGGCCCUGCACUCACACUCAGAAUGAGUCUUUGGCUUUCUAGGUCUAGGGUUUAUAGAAUGAGAAAAGUUGCAAAAAUGUUGGGGUAUUUGUUGAAGAAUUUAAAAUUUUAGGUCAAAACAGCUGAAUUUGUAACAUUAACAAACUUGAUAAAACAUUUUUACCGGGGGGCGGAGCCUGACAGCGCACGAGAGCAGUCGCCAUUAUCCCGAGCUCCGACAUAAGAGAGCAAUAAAUAGCCCAAAACAGCUACACCGAACCCCAAAUAAGCACACGAGCACCAGGAAACAACGGGGCACGACCCACUGAAUACGCCGAUGCCGUUCUUCCAACCCGCGGCAAGGAAAACCCGCAGCCGCGGCUCCAAGGCCUACCGCGCGGGAAGCCUCCAGCUCGAAGCUGACUGGGCUCCAUGCAUGUGGAGCGACCUCGGCCUACCGGACCCGAACACACGCAUAACGGAGGAGAUGGGUCGGAAGUCCCAGAAACAACCCACAAACACUCACCGAGAUAUCGGCCAGAUGCUGCGAAUGCCAGGGCCAAACACAGCCCAGAAUCAACAGGUGGAUGGGGGAGAGUCUCCCCGCGAACAAACCCCUGCAGAAACCAGGAAAACGACCCCACCCAGGGCAGAAGACACAGCCCCAGCAACAAAGGGGGAGAUACAGUACAUGCUCACCAACCUUCCAAGAAACCUCCGACAAAUGUGGGAAGCUGACCUGGCAACACUGAAAACAGAGGUACAAACACUAAAUGCUCGCACCGAAACGAAUGAGACAGACAUACUUAGAAACAUAGAAACAUAGAAACAUAGAAUGUGACGGCAGAUAAGAACCAUUCGGCCCAUCUAGUCUGCCCAAUUUUCUAAAAACUUUCAUUAGUCCCUAGCCUUAUCUUAUGGUUAGGAUAGCCUUAUGCCUAUCCCAUGCAUGCUUAAACUCCUUUACUGUGUUAACCUCUACCACUUCAGCUGGAAGGCUAUUCCAUGCAUCCACUACCCUCUCAGUAAAGUAAUACUUCCUGAUAUUAUUUUUAAACCUUUGUCCCUCUAAUUUAAGACUAUGUCCUCUUGUUGUGGUAGUUUUUCUUCUUUUAAAUAUAGUCUCCUCCUUUACUGUGUUGAUUCCCUUUAUAUAUUUAAAUGUUUCUAUCAUAUCCCCCCUGUCUCGUCUUUCCUCCAAGCUAUACAUGUUAAGAUCCUUUAACCUUUCCUGGUAAGUUUUAUCCCGCAAUCCAUGAACCAGUUUAGUAGCCCUUCUCUGAACCCUCUCUAAGGUAUCAAUAUCCUUCUGAAGAUACGGUCUCCAAUACUGUGUACAAUACUCCAAGUGAGGUCUCACCAGUGUUCUGUAUAAUGGCAUGAGCACUUCCCUCUUUCUACUGCUAAUACCUCUCCCUAUACAACCAAGCAUUCUGCUAGCAUUUCCUGCUGCUCUAUUACAUUGUCUGCCUACCUUUAAGUCAUCAGAAAUAAUCACCCCUAAAUCCCUUUCCUCAUAUGUUGAGGUUAGAACUCUAUCAAAUAUUACCCUCAGACAGGGCCUCAAAGCACUACACGAGCAGAUGCAUCAAAUGCAAGCCCAACAAGUCAACCUCACUAACCAAGUCAGCAUAAUAGACGACAGGGGCAGAAGAAAAAACAUCAAGCUCAGAGGAGUCUCGGAGACUGUACCCUUAGAGGAAUUACCACACUUCAUUAGAAGGCUGGUGUCCUCCAUCAUCCCAACGCGACAGGCUAAACACUUUACCUUCGAUGGGGUAUACAGGAUCUCUAAAUCCCCACAAGCACCCACCACAGCACCACGGGACAUCAUCCUCCGUUGCCACUCUCUAACGGACAAAUUGGGCCUGCUAGCCGCCCUUAAAGGGAAAACCCCGUACGAAUUCGAAGCCAGCACCAUAUCAGUCUUUCAAGACUUGAGCAGAUCUACACUGUUAUGGAGAAAGGGAAUGCAGCCCAUCACGAAACUCCUCCAAACAGCAGGGCUUACAUAUAGAUGGUCAACACCCAGAACGCUCCUGGUCACGAAAGAAGGGAAUACAUACAAGGCGUCAGACCCUGCAGACAGCACUGCCUUAAUGACAGCACUGGGCCUCACCCCACAAGGUCUACCCGCUCCAGAAACAACCAGCAUUCACCUACACAGCAUUGAAGACUCCCCUAAUCUCACGGACGGAGAAGAGGGAAAAGGCCAAGCAACCUGAACCCACAGAAUGCACAUGUUAUUUACGUUAAUGUCUCACCUAUGUUUACUUAUGUUUACUUAUGUUAUACGGUUCGAUUACACACUACUACAAACACGCUCUUUAUGUUGGGCUCACACCACGUAGCGAUAGCUCCGCGAUCCGACUACAUAACUCCUCUCCCCCCCCCCCUAGUGCCCCAGGGUCAAGGGACACAACCAACCAUGGAGCGGUGCACCCCACACUGGGAACCAGGGGACACAUAGCCAACGCACGUAGCCACAACAGGCAAACCCCAAGACCUAAUUAGACACCCACGCUCCGAACCACAACCGUUUCCCACAUAGAAGAUGACUUGUUCGCUAGGCGACAUAACAUUCUGAAUCAACCCUAUACACGGGGGAUGCGACAGACUCUACCGGCGCAAAACGAUAAGGAUACACUAGACCACAACGACGGAACAUACUAACUUAACUACCCUACUUCAGUAGACACCCUGGGUCAUAGAGAUAAGGGACACCAACGUAAAGAGGGACCUAUACGCCCACCCCAGCAUACGAGGUGACCCAACACAUAGAAUGACGGGUAGUGAGACAAAUGCCCUAAAAACCCCACGGCCAAAACAGUCAUCGCACCCCCAUACUGUUCAUUACGGUGAGGAAUGACCGGAUCACAAUCUCUCGCCUAGCAACUAUCAGGACUUUAGUAGGCACCUCGUUACAACCCACCAGACCGCUAUACAAAAAACGUGCAUUUACUGUUCUAGCGUAACCACUGUACGGAUAUGUUUGUUACAUUAACUCAACCUUAUACAUUUGUGGCAUAAGCAGAAAUGUCUGUAUCACUGUUGAUGCACUGAAAAAUAAAGAAUUUAAAAAAAAAAAAAAAUUUUUACAGCUCUUCUUUUUUGAUUAAAAUAGGCAAAUGUCCAUCCGCAUUACUGGCAGGUCAGCCUUGGAACAUGCUAGACGGACUGCCAAUCUUGCAAGGUCAGCCCAUUCAGGCAGACCCUGCAGGAAACACUGCUUUAGUGCGCUCUGCAUGGUCCUUGUGUCUCUGGUGGCCUCUAAAGAGGACCUCUGGGGAACAAAGUCGGGACAGCAGGACGACCCAAAAAUCGGGACAGUACUGCCAGAAUUGGGACUGUUGGGAGGUAUGCAAUUCAGCAAUAUUAAUUUUGUCCCUGUUUUGACAUUAUUCAUUGAGUGAGAUUGCCAGUUACAUUGUCAGCCAAUAAUGUUCAAACAGAGACAAAACUGAUGUUGCUAGAGCAGAAUAGAAACUUCCACUUUACCAAUCUCCAGAAGAUCAGGGCUAAUGCAGACACCCAGAGAACCCACGUGUCCCACUAAGGACCUAACUUCAGGAAAAAAAGGGAAUCAUGACAUGUCACACGUCAUGUGUCCUUAAGGGGUUAAACUAGUUUGACUUGUUACUCUGGAACAGCACAAAGGGACUUCUGGCACCAUAACCACUACAGCACGCUGCAGGGUUUAAUGUGUUCAGAAUGCCUUUUGAAAAUUUGUAAUUCCCUUUUUAAUUUCUCACAGUCACCAAGUUUAAUUAAUAAAUGCAGUGACCACCCACGUAUACCUCCCCGGUGUCCCUAUUUAGGAAGGACUGCGCUUAUUUUAGUCCCAAAUUCUUCUGUCCCUCUUUUUAUUUAUUUAUAUCGUUGGUGUGUGGAGCGUAUACAGGAAUAAUAGUCACACUAAUGUGUCUUUAAACUGCAAUAAAACUGCUUAGAAAUCAGUCUGUGUAAAUAGGAUACAUUGUUUUAAAUUACAUUUUAGUUGCAUAAAUUAUUAGUAAAUUACCUAACAGCCCCAACACUGAGCACCCCCACACUCCCACCUCUAAAAUGAAAGUAUCCCUUUUUGUCAAUUUGAAAUGUUAGGACGAAGUAUGCCCAUUAUAUGCCUGCUAAGGAUUGCAGAGAGCAGAUACAUCUACAGUUAUUUACGUUAUUUAUUUUAUUACUUUUAAGGUUAAAAUAGCUGAAUUGGAAAAAUCAUCUAAGCCAGCUAUGCAUUCAGUGUGACUUCUCUGAGUAAACGUAAAAUUCACUUUAGUAAAUAAUCCCACUAUCACUUUAGUAGUAUCGCUUUCUAUUUCACCUUAACGUACCGCAACAGCUAAAUACUAUCCGAAGCAUUCUGCAGGCAUCCUGUCAGUGUUAUUAUCUUCUUAACAUAAAAAAUGCAGGAUUACACAGUAUUCAGAAAGAGAAGUUAUGAGCCUGUAAGACUUGCUGUGUUGGCAAAAGCCAUCGUGUGAUAAAAAUAACCUUACACGAAGGCUGAUUAGAUCAGUGUUAUCCAUGUUUAAGAAUUGGAAGCCUAGCGAUAAUCCAGUGGAAAUGAGAAAACAAACACUCCCAUAAUGCAAUGUGUUGGAGAACAAUAAACCACAGUAUCUACCUUGACACAAGUUAACAAAGGUCUUCUAUAGAGCACUGCUGGUAAACAAGUUUCCUCAAUAAUACCACAGAGUGUAGUGAUUUAAAGGAAUACUGAUAUUUCAAUAAGUAAAACCAACUGUGGAGGUUGGUUCGUUCUUUCUUUCUUUAUUUUUAUUAAGAACAUGGCUUAGAGUAGUCCAGUCAGGAUUGUGGUCUAAAAUGUUAAUUGUUGGUAAUUUCCAAGGGAAUUGUUAAUUCAAGACAAACGAAAAGCUGAAAAGGAAACUAAAGGGACAUAGAUAAUUGUUCCAUUCUGACAAUUUUUGCCUACAAUUUUCAGUUUCAUAGAGAAUUACCAACAGCUCAUGAUUUAGUGAAUGAUUAUGCUGAUGUAAAAUAUAACAGAAGUAUAAUGGGCUUUAUUCACUAAAAAGCAACAUUGGCUGAAAAAAGUUCUUCAAAUUCAACCUUUUUCACUUUUGUUUUUGCAGUUGAUCCAAAAGAAGGCAAAAAACCCAAUUUGAAGAACUUCCCAUUUUGCAACAAAUUUAAAAAAAACCAAAAAAAACCUUCUUGACACAAGAAAGGCAGUCAGAUAUCUCCUUGGAUCAAGAAGUUAUUACCCCACUAAUUAAAAUUAUAUCCCUGUAUACUAUGUUUUUGCAAGUAUUUAUAGACAUUUUUCUUUAAACAUUUGUACAGAUUGAUAAAACCACGUAUUCAGGCAGAGAAUUCUACAUACUUAUUGUUCUUACAGUAAAAAAAAAAAAAACAUUUCCUUUGCCUUGGACUAAAUCUCCUUCCUUUCAGUCUAAAUGCAUGACCUUGUGUCCUACAUAUAGUCCGAUUUCUGAAUAGAUUUCCACACAAUGGUUUGUAUUGGCCCCAGAUAUAGUUGUAUAAUGCUAUCAUAUCCCAUCUGUGGCCAUGAUUUUCCAGACUAAAGAGAUUUAAAUUUGUUAACCUUUCUUCAAACUAAAAUGCUCCAUUCCUUUCAAUAAACAAUAGAUUGUAGUGAACUGAAAACAGGCAUAGAAAAAUGUGUUAAGAAUAAUUAAAGUAAAACAAAACAUACUUUUGUAUUAUAAAUGAACUGUGACUGAAUUUAUCCUAAGGAUUAUGACAAAAUAAAUGAAUCCCUGUGUGAUAUGGUCAGUGUGCCUUAUUUCGAAUUAAUACAUUUCAUUUAUUUAUUUUACAUAAACUAACCUUGUUACAUCUCCCUGACUGUCAGAUGACCAGUCCUAUUACUGCCUGCUCAUUGAAGCUUAACUCAAGACGCAGCAAUUGUACAGAACACCUGCCUUGCACAGACAUCUAAAUGAGCUGUAAUACAAUAUGUACAGAGGAAGAAGAGGAGAUACUAGAUCUGCAGCUAUUGUAAGCCAAGAUGUUAAACACUCCCAAAAGAUAACAUGCAAAAAAAACUUUUUUUUAAUAAAGUAUUCCUUUAAUGGAAAAAAAUAUAUAUUUUGCAGUUACUUAAAGGGACAUUUAAAGUAAAAAAUAAAUUUUUUUACAAAAAUGUAAAAUGCUUUAGGGGUCCGUAGGGUCCCUAUACUGUAUGGGCCUCGGACAGGUCACACAUACUCUAAUACCAGUAUUCCUGGCUGGGCAACAAUUAACGACAGUCCGUAUUCCCAACCAGUAAUUUUCCUCAGUGUAACAGAGACAGUCACUGCUACAUACUCAUGUUUAGCACGUGGGUUCCAUUUCAAUAAACUUCAGUAAUAACAUACUAAUCUAGGCUGGAAAAAAAACCUCAAAUCCAUCAGCCUUUAAAGGACCACUAUAGGCACCCAGACCACUUCAGCUUAAUGAAGUGGUCUGGGUGCCAGGUCCAUCUAGGAUUAACCCUUUCUGCUGUAAACAUAGCAGUUUCAGAGAAACUACUAUGUUUACAUAUGGGUUAAUCCAGCCUCUAGUGGCUGUCUCAUUGACAGGCGCUUCUGCACGUCUCACUGUGAUUUUCAAAGUGAGAAGACGCCAUCGUCCAUAGGAAAGCAUUGAGAAUGCUUUCCUAUGAGACUGGCUGAAUGCGCGUGCGGCUCCUGCCGCGCAUGCGUGUUCAGCUGAUGAUGGUGAAAGGAGGAGGAGAGUCCCCAGUGCAGAGGGAGUCCGGCGGUGGAGAAAAGGUAUGUGUUUAACCCCUUCCUCACCCUAGAGCCCUGCGGGAGGGGGUGACCUAGAGACCCUAUAGUGCCAGGAAAACAAGUAUGUUUUCCUGGCACUAUAUUGGUACUUUAAACAUACGCAUUUAUGCUGUUGAUCCAAAAUCAAAUUUAAAAAAAAAACUGAAAUGAAGGCAAUUGUGCCACAAAAAGGGAAAAAGACCUGUAUGACUCCAUAAAAAUAAUCAGAAUUCUUCGGUUCUUAUCCAUGUUAAUAAUUAUAUCCCUGUAUAUUCUAUCUUUCAAAAAAAAAAAAAAAUAUCUACAGAAUUUAAUAACAUGACCUCUUUGGGUAGAUAAUUCCACAUCUUUAUUGUUCUUACUGUAAAGAACUUUUUCUCUUCUGUAAGUGAAUACACCUUUCUUCCAUUCUCAAUGGAUGAAGUCUUGUCUGUGUAUUCCUGCUAGUGAACAGGUAAACACGUAGCAGUUUGUACUGAUCCUGUAUAUAUUUGGAUAGUAUUACUUUUUGGACACUAUAACCAAGUAAAAGUGCAGCUCCAACACAAACGGAGUAGUCACCCGAUGCCUUUCUUAUUUUUCUCAACGGGCAAAAUGGCGAAAAGAAAAACCGGGGCCUACACAUCCUCCCAGCCGACCGGAAUGAUGAUGUGUAUACCUCUGGAGUGACCCUAGAAGAACUGAACUUCCCACAGAUAUAAGGAGAGAACUAGACAUCUGAUUUGCACAACACUGGAUGAUAAUAAAAAAAAACGCAAACAGGGACAUCCAGUGACACACAGGACAUAGAUACUAUGCUCCAGUGCUUAGUGGCCCACAAGAUUGCUGCCCAAGUAGAACAUGAGGCCUACUCAUCAAGCUCUGAGUUUAAUGCUAAGGAUCACCCCGAUGAGAGACAUACCUAAUGUCUCCUGUACCUAAUUCAGUGGUACUAGAGACAGGGUAUGCUCCGGAACCUGCCACAAAGCAGGUUAUCCAGAACCUGUUACAUGAUAUUAAGACGUCAAACUUGGAUGUCCAAGCAUUCAUAGACAUGCUAAAGGCGGCUAAAUAUAUUUGCUUGUGUGUUAAAAAAGCAAAAAACUAUUAUGAAUGCUAACUUUGGCCAGUGUUUGUGACUAAGUGACUACUAAAAAAGACUGAACAUACCCCCCAUUUGCAAUACCUUGAGGUAAUUCCUGGCCUUCCAUACGCUCUCAAAGGCAACAUAACCAAUCUGGCAAAUUUCAAUGUGAACAAAUGACCUUAUAUUUGACCCUGUAACUUUCAAAAACACUAUAAAACCUGUACAUGGGGGUUACUGUUAUACUCGGGAGACUUCGCUAAACACAAAUAUUAGUGUUUCAAAACAGUGAAACAUAUCACAGCGAUGAUAUUGUCAGUGAAAGUGAUUUUAUUGCAUUUUUCACAAACAAACAGCAUUUUUACUGAUAUCAUUGUUGAUACAUUUUACGGUUUUGAAACACUAAUAUUUGUGUUUAGCGAAGUCUCCCGAGUAUAACAGUAACCCCCAUGUACAGGUUUUAUAGUGUUUUUGAAAGUUACAGGGUCAAAUAUAAGGUCAUUUGUUCACAUUGAAAUUUGCCAGAUUGGUUAUGUUGCCUAUGAGAGCAUAUGGAAGCCCAGGAAUUACCUCACGGUAUUGCAAAUGGGGUAUGUUCAGUCUUUUUUAGUAGUCAGUCACAAACACUGGCCAAAGUUAGCAUUCAUAAUUGUUUUUUGCUUUUUUAAACACACAAACAAAUAUAAAUGCUAACUUUGGCCAGUGUUUGUGACUAAAUGGCUACUAAAAUAUAUUUAAUACCCUGGGUUGUCUACUUUAAAAAAAUAUGUACAUGUGAGGUGUGAUUCUGAGAUUUAUGACAGAUAACAGUGUUACAUUGAUAAAUUUUAUAAAUGUAUAUUUUGAAACAGCAAUGUCCUACUUGUACUUAUAACCCUAUAACUUGCAAAAAAAACAAAACAUAUUAACACUGGGUAUUUCUAAACUCAGGACAAAAUUUAGAAACUAUUUAGCACGGGUGUUUUUUGGCGGUUGUAGAUGCGUAACAGAUUUUGGGGGUCAAAGUUAGAAAAAGUGUUUGUUUUAUUUUUUUUCAUCAUAUUUUUUAUAGUAAAUUAUAUUAUAUGAUGAAAAUAAUGGUAUCUUUAGAAAGACCAUUUAAUGGCGAGAAAAACCUGUAUAUAAUAUGUGUGGGUACAGUAAAUGAAUAAGAGGAAAAUUACAGCUAAACACAAACACCGCAGAAAUGUAAAAAAAAAAGCCCUGGUCCCAAACAGUAAGAAAAUUUAAAAACUGUCUGGUCACUUCGGGGUUAAUAUAAACUUCUAAAUGAAAGAAAAUUAUCAAUGUUUUACUUUUAAACAUUAUUCGUUACAUUACAACGUAUUUGAUCUAGUCUGAACUGACCAGCUGCAUGUCAAGUACUUGUGACCCUUUGGUAAUAAAAAAGGCUGACAAAUGUAAAUUAAUGUGAUUUGUUUUUUUUCCAUUGUAGCAAGUUAAGAGCAGGUUUAACUAGUUUACUAAACUCAUUCCUAUGUCCUACACUAAAGUACAGUGAUCAAGUUAAAAAUCACACCAUUGCAGUUUUAUUGAACCAGUUGCGGUUCCAUCACUAAACUUAGUACUGUAGUUUAUUGAAAUUCAAAUUGGAAAACCAAAUUGCAAAAAGUUGAAGAAAAUUCCAAUGUCGACCUGAAUUUUCUUUUGCUAGAAAGAAUAAAGAUAUUAAUAAAGCCAUUAUUCUCUGGUAGGAGCUACAAUGUGACAUAAUACCUUUAAGGAAAACAUUUUGACUACUGAUCUCUUCUCCCAUACAGCCGGAUCAAAAGCAAUGUGGAUGGCAAAUAUCUGAUUGACGGUGUUCCCUUCAGUUGUUGUAAUCCAAGUUCCCCCAGACCGUGCAUCCAAAUGCAAGUGACAAAUAACUCUGCGCAUUACAGUUAUGAACACCAAACAGAGGAACUGAACUUGUGGAACCGUGGCUGCAAGGAAGCAUUGUUGCAUUACUACACCAACAUGAUGAGCUCAAUGGGAGCCCUGGUGCUUCUCGUCUGGAUCUUCGAGGUAACACAGGGCUGUUACUAUAUAUUCACUUACAAUGGGGAUAUUAUUCACUAAACACUGAAUUCGUAGUGAAUUGGAAACCAUUAUGACAUUUGGACGAAAUUUUUUUAAAAUUCCCGUUAUAGUCGUAGCUUGGAUAAUUUAGCAUAAAGUUUCCCCAUUUUCAAUUCGCUGUUUAGUGAAUAAAACCAAAAAUGCCAUCAGAUGAUUAUUGAUUAAGCAAUUUAUUAAUAAAAAGGACACGAUGUUGAUUGGUAAAUGGAAUCAGCAAAAUCAAACAAACAUUGACAAUGGUCCGAGAAAGCCACAGUUUGUCACAUUGCUCCCAAAUGGUUUCAUGAAAAUUUGAAAAAUCAGUCUAAAUAAUUAUUUACACCAUAUCCACUACAUUGAGCUGUAACAGUUAUGGUACUAAAAGAGUCCUUUUAUGCAAUUAUUGGAUUUUUAAUUAGCACAGCUUGAGGUUUUUUUUUUUUAUAUAAUCAGAUUUAUAUAUAAAGAAGUAUCACAUUUAGCCAUCUUGGUCCAGUGAUGCAGUUGUAAAAAAAAAAUGAAAUUAGUAUCUUGUAAUACCUUUUAUUUUUAUUGGACCAACAAUAUUUAUAAAGUUUUUGGAAGAUCCUACCUUUCUCAAGUUUCUGAACAAAACAACACGUAAAAUUCAAAGAUGAGUUCUCAUACAGGGGUUUAAAGCAACAUUAUAACUGGUAUUUCUACAGAAAGAAAAGGAGCAGAAAAUAGACACGAUUCUUCCAGAGGGUUGCAUGUAACUGUAUAAGGAUUAUACAGUGAAAAGAAAGAGGAAAAAAGCAACAAUCAGGGCUAGAACGACAUAAGUUUAAAAAAACGACACAUUAAGAAUGUAUUUACUCACAUCCAAGCAGUGGCGGAUCCAGAGCCUGAUCUCGGGAGGGGCACUUGUAGAUUAUAUAAAGAAAUAAUUCAGACACAAUAACCACUACAGCUCAGUGUAGUGGUUAUGGUGUCAAUAGUGCCGGGACCCCCUCCCAGAGUAAGUAGUCAAACCGUUUAAGAACAGUUUGACAACUUACCUGAGGUCUGCUGGGAAAUGGGGCCGUAGUAGGGCAUAGGAGCAGUGGUGUGUGUGAGUGGUGCAGUGUGUGUGUGUGUGUGUGUGUGGGGUACAGUGUGUGCGCAGUGUGUGUGUGAGGGCGGCAGUGUAUGUGUGGGACAGUAUGUGUGUGUAACAGUUGAAGUGUGUGUGUGAGUAUUGCAGUGUAUGUGUGUGUGUAUGGGGCGGCAGUGUAUGGGGGCAGUGUGUGUGUAUCGGGUAGUGUAUGUGUGUAGAGUGUGUGUGCAUGGGGGGCAGUGUAUGUGUGUAGAGUGUAUGUAUGGGGGCAGGGCAGCGUGUGUGUAUCGGGUAGUGUAUGUGUGUAGAGUGUGUGUGUAUGGGGGUAGUGUGUGUGUAUGGGGGUAGUGUAUGUGUGUAGAGUGUGUGUGUAUGGGGGCAGGGCGGCGUGUGUGUAUGGGGGACAGUGUGUGUAUCGGGUAGUGUAUGUGUGUAGUGUGUGUGUGUAUGGGGGCAGUAUGGGUGUAUGGGGGAGCAAUGUGUGUGUAUGGGGGACAGUACAGUAUGGGGGCAGUGUAUGUGUGUAGAGUGUGUAUGGGGCAGUGUGUGUGUAGUGUGUGUAUGUAGUGUAUGUGUAUGGGGGGCAGUGUGUAUGUGUGUGUGGGGGCAGUGUGUGGGGCAAUGUGUGUGUAUGGGGGGCAGUAUGGGGGGCAAUGUGUGUGUAUGGGGGCAGUAUGGGGAUCAGUGUAUGUGUGUAAAGUGUGUGUGAUAAGGGUAGGGGGGCUUUUUUUUUUAAAUAUAUAUUUUUUAUUUGAAUUUUUAAUAUAAAUAUUCUAUGUCCCCCCUCCCUUCUUACCUUUACUGGGGGGAGGGGGGACAUUUCCCUGGUGGUCCGGUGGGGGAUUCCUUGGUGGUCCAGUGGUGAGAGUGAACUCUAGCCCGCGCUCCCGGGCUAGAGUUCACUCUCGCGAGAUUUGGAGCGUUGCCGCGGUAACCGUGGCAACGCUCCAAAUCUCGCGAGAGGAGGACCCGGAGGAGCCACAGCCUGAGCUCCCGGGUCCUCCCUCUCACUCCCUCCGCCGCCGGCCGCCAGCACGGUGCCUGCGGACCGGGGAGGGAGAGCUCUGAUCUUCCUCCCCGGUCCGCAGGCACAUUGCAGGGCUGGCACCUGCAUGUGCUGACAGGGGAGAAGGAGACUGGCGGAUUUCUCGGGGGGGGCAAUUGCCCCGUUGCCCCCCCCCGGAUCCGCCACUGCAUCCAAGCAUCCAGAAUAUGCAUUCAAGUAUAAAUACACACAUAUAUGCAAACAUACAUACACACAAAACACAUAUCUACAUGCACCUAAGUAUAGGAAAGAAUAAAUAUGCAUAUGUUAAACAAAUAUGCAGAUAUAAUUAUAAACUUUAGACAUCUUAACUUAUGGGCAAACAUGAUAAGACCCUCUGGAAAAACUGUUUUUUGUUUUCUUUUUCCCCCACCUCUGACCAUAAUCAUUUGUCUACUAUCUGCUCUCAUGUUGCUUAACCCCUGUGUCACAACUCAGCUGGCGAUACUGUGUGUUUUGUUCAGAAAAGCCUCUUUUGGGGAAAGGGCUUGACUGCCAUGCUGGAUGAUCGCAGCUGGCUCCAGCUCCUGGAUAACUGCGACAUAAAAGUAAUUUAAGAGCGAAAAAUACUCUGCUAAUCGACCCCAAUCUACUGGUACCCAAGUCUUCCACUUAUUUGGCAUUCUUGAGAGAGUUCUAGGACUCGCCUAUAUGUUUUUGUGAAGUUGCGGCCCCAGCACAUCGCAGCCCAGUGUGUUCCCUCGCCGGGAGUAGUGGCCGAUCUCUGAUGGGGUCUGCACUGGCUUUUCUGCUUCCUCAUGUGAGCCCUGUAUUCCCUCCAUCUGGAACAGUGGGGGUUAUCCCAGUCCCCACCAGGCAAAAUCGUAUCUCCUAAUUGUUCCUGGACAAAAUAGUUUACUUACCUCCCGCAGUAUCACAAACUCCUGAAAACAUAUGCAUUCACAAUAGUCUGUCUUCAUAAUUCAGUUGACUGACUUAAUCUGACCUCCCCAUCUAUCAUUCCUACUCUGUGCAACACAAUUAAUUGUACAACCCAUUAGAUCAUUUCUCACCAAGGCAUAGAUUGGACCCAGUACCGACAUUGAAAUAGUGGUGGAACUUCACUAGCUGCAACUCCAUGAUUCUCUAUUAACCUCCAAGUAUUAUGAUUGUCAGACGACCACAAUAAGCAUUGGACAGAAAGAUACAAUCGUAGAAGUCUUAUCCUAUAUGACCUGACCACUUCAAUGUAUGAGAUGUUAUAAUAGAAAAGUGUUGUUGUGGGAAACAGAGACAGUGUUCCGCUUAUAUAAGACACAGUUUGUUACUUGUCUUCUCUCUUUAAUGUUCACAAUUUCUUUUUCGUGUUCCAUACAGAUAAGUGUCAUGUUCGGGAUGAGGUAUUUGCACACAUGCCUUGAUAGCAUUGCAAACCCUGAAGAUCCUGAAUGUGUGAGCGAGGGCUGGUUGCUGGAGAAAAGCCUGAAGGAAACGGUAAAGUCUUUCUGGGACUUCCUGAAAAGUAUGGGUAAGCUGAACCAGGUGGAGAAUGCUGCUGCUGAGGAGUCCCCAGCAGUUGUCACCGCCAGCUGAAUGCCAGGACUUAUGAGGACGUUUGUAAAAAAAUAACGUAUCUUCUCAAAUGUGAAUAUUAUCACUUUGAAAAAGAAAGAAAAGACAGGCUAAACAUCUUACCAUCUACAAAGUCUCCAUACACCAUGCUACUCUGCACGUUACACAGUCUAUCUCCUACAGACUGUAAGCUCGUUUGAGCAGGGCCCUCCUUCAACCUAUCGUUCCUCUAAGUUUUUUUGUAUUUGUCCUAUUUAUAUAGUUACAUCCCCCUCUCAUAAUAUUGUACAGCGCUACGGAAUCUGUUGGCGCUUUAUAAAUGGCAAUAAUAAUAAUAAUAUCAACUGCUAUAUAAACCUGAACACACAGGAAAAGUAAAUAUACAUCACACGCCUAAUACAAUCUAACUACAUAAUGUGAAUAUCCACAGUAAUAUAUGCGCAUUUCACCAAAAUAACCAUUUUUCUUUUUAAAUUUAAGAAUGAGUGGUAGCUCUCACUCCUUUAUAUAUAUGGAACUUGACUAUUUAGAGAAAGAAACAUUCUCUUGGAAAUCAUGUUUUCAUAUACUUAAGUGAAUGACUGUUUUAUAAGGUAAAGUCUCACCCGUUCCAAACCGUGUAAUAUAUAUAUUAUAUUAUAUUCAGAAUUCUUGAAGAGAACAUCAGGAGACUAUACUGUUCUAGCAGAUAGUAAUUAUUAUAAUAAUAAUAAAAACAACAGUAUGUGCCGUCUGCCAGGAUUAUAUUUCAAGUUGAUGGGCAUUGCAGUAUGGUCUCACGUAAAGGUUCCAAGCCCAGUAAUUAAGCACUCUAAGUGACUUGUGAUUCUGGGAUUUCCAAAAAUUUUUCCCAUAUGGUCUUGAGCAGAAGUCCUGGGCCAGUUCUUAUAGACUUUCAAUGACAUAGGAUUUGGGGAUUAUAAAUUUGUUUCCAAUGGGAAUAUAAACAACUUGAUCAUUGGGUGCCCUAAAAGAUUAGUUUGUGGUCACUGAGCUAUAGCAAUUGCUCUCAAACCAGACGUCAAGGACGGCUUAGCUCUCAUUGUUGUCCCAUUUGGAACAGAGGUGCAUGGACCUUAAAUCUUUGUCCAUAGGAGGUCAGAUCAUAAGAAAUAUUGACCAAUGAUGAGGGCUUCACCUUUAUCAGGUGUAAAAUAAGCAAUUUAAAGGACCUUCAGUAGCACAAAUGGCCUCCAGACAUCAAAUUGGACUUCUCUCAGUCUAGAGUACUACAGUACAAUGUUUUCAAGAAGUAGAUCAUAUGUCUUUAGGAUCACGAGUUGGUGGCACCCUCGGAUCACACAAUAAUAGCUGGGGAUUACCUUUUAUCACACAACAAUUGAUAGUUGUAAAGGAUUAUGUUAGAAUUUCUGAUGCUCCCUAAACUGUAGACAUCUAAAGGCUGCCUGCAAAGUUGAUCACUUUGUUCCAUCAGAUUUGUAUAAACAGAUGUUAAAAUCUCAUAAAUGAUUCAAUACUUUACGAUGUAUGGAUUAAUUAUAUUUCUUAACCUUGCAACCAUUUCAUAGAGCAUGUUUAUUGGCUGAUGUUAUAGACAUUGUUUACUGGAGAUGGUUACUUUACAAAUUCAAAUGCUUGAAAUACGACUGGUGAUAUAUAUUCACAAAAUAUAGUCUACCAUUUUGCUUUAUCUAUACUACUGAUAACACACGAUAUUUACUAGCUAUAUAAACAUUGCACAAUGAUAAAAGCAACUAAACAUCCGAAUAAGACGAUACAAAAGUUAAUUCAAAUAAUUAAGUCAUAAAAGUCACUAUAGAAUUCUACAGCCAUUACUCACGGAAUCAAUUAGGGAUUACCAAAUAGACCAAAAAGAUGAAAACUAAACCAAGUAUCAUAAACAUUGGUUACAUAUUUUAUAAUAAAUAUAAAAUACAUAACGCAUUUAAUAGGUUUGAGUGGUGCUUAGCGAGUUUCUGUAAAGAUGUCAAUUCUCUUGUAUCAAAUAUUCACAGUUUAUAUAACAAUUUAACCCCUGUGUCUCUAUUUCUAUUUAACAGAAGCUAAAAUAUAAGAAAAAGCAAAUGUACCUUAAAACACAGAACUUUACAACUACCUGGCAGUCAAUAACUAGUGCCCCAGCUGCAUGGACAUAGAAAACCCCACAAUGCUCAAUCAACCAUCAACCACAAUGCAAUCCAUAGCAGAUGGUGUCUGGCGAUCAUAAUACAAGCUUGAAGGUUGACUGAGCAUCAUGGAGUAGCAGUCCAUAGCAGCUGAACUCCCUGAAGAUUCCCUAUGCUUGUCCUACAUAAUAAGUUAAUUUAUAAGACAGGCUGAAACUAAAAACACAAACGUGAAGAGAUCCUGAAAAUUUGAAGCCACAACUCACGAUCCUAAAUUAGAACAUGGUGCCCAUAAAACAAUCUUCUUAGCUAACACAUGUUUUUUAUUUGCACAAAUUGGAGGCAGACACCAGAUGUAUCACUGGAAUUCAACCAAAAGACACAAACUUAAACUGAGAAAUUCUAUUUAAAUUGCUUUACAUUGAAUAGUAUAAUGAAAAUUGCCAAGCAAUAGGAAUUUUCCAUCUCCAGAGGAGAACGGCCUACAAGACCAGUGACACUUAUAUGAUAUCUGAAUGGACUGUGUGAUCACUCCUAUUUACAACCAAAUAUAAGAAACAUUUGUGUUACUGUAAUGCUGUUCAUUAUUCAGCUGUUUGCUACUAUAGGACAUUAAACAUUUAUUGCAAGAAUUUCUCGUUAAAUGAAAAUAUUUACAAUU